AUGUCGGCCUUUUACUUUGGAGCGCAGAACCACCUUGUGGGCAACCCAUCGCACGCUCAUAGCCACCACGGCGGUCGUUCGCGACGAGCUCCCCGUCUGCCAGCCUCGCAAAACUCUCAUAAGCAGUUCCGAGCUGUGCGCAAUGUGAAGGAGAUUGCGGAGACUCCUUCGGUGACUGCUUUCCGAGCUCGCUUCGAGGCUGGCCGUUCGUUCGACCUCGAUGACGACCUUGAGUUUUGUCCCGGUUUGUUGACCGAAGACGACUUGCAAUCAAUUCAUUCGGCAUCCUCUGAUCGCUCGUCGCUCUCGAGCGGCUCGCCCGACUCUUCGCCAUUGCAGCACCAGAUCCAGCCGACGCAGCAAGUGACUCCGACCAUCUCUUUGUCGACCGCUUCCUCUCCCUUUAUCCCUACCGCCUACCAACCGACGGCGGCUCAGAUGAAACUUCAUCAACCCGCUGCUGUGCGCACGCGCAACGCGAUCCCAAUCGUCAACCCCACCACUGGCAUGCGUGUAGCCAGCCCACCUUUGUCGGUUUCGCCGGCGAGAAUGCAGCAGCACGGCCUUGGACGCCGCUGGUAG